UUCUGAGCAGCCAGGAGCCUGGGAGAGAGAGAGGGAAGGCACCAGAGUGAAGGCAUUCUGUGAGGGAUGAAUGAAUGAAUGUGAGUUUAUAAAAACCUCCUUGUGCAUGUGUGUGUGUGAAAAAUGUAGGGUCCAAGAUGCCUCGUCCCAGCCCCAUAGCCCCUACCCCCGGGGUCUCUGAGCCCAGAGGAUUCCAGAAAAGUCUAUACCUGCGGUCCUAGAAACCUCACACCAGCUCCCUAGAUGAAUCCUCUGCCUCAGACUAAGAGGCACCCCUACUGGACCAGUUUCCAGGAAGGAAUCCGGAGAGGGUGGGGAGCCUUCUGACCCCGUGAGCCCUCCCUGGGCUGGGGGGCCCCAGACUGGGUGGAGCAGCCACACCUGCCUGAAGUUUCGAGGAAGAGGGCGGAAACAGCAGCCAGCACCGCCCUCUCACAGGCUCUGCGGGCCCCUGCGGUCUGCUGGUCACAGUGGUUCCACAACUUCCUCACCGCCCUAAAUGGGCAGCUUCACUUUUAGAACCCAGGUCCUUCCCUGGCAGACCCAAGCGGCAGGUCCUGCAUAGGCCCGGGGUCCUAACCUUGAAUCUCUGGAGUGUGCUGGUCCCCUGCUGGGCUUGAGACUGUCCCCAAAUGGAUGGAGUCAUGUCUCCCGCGUUCCUGCUGCUGCUGCUGCUACUGUGGCUCCAGGGCCGCGUCUCAGGUGUCCCCGCCGAGAGCGUGUACUCCAAAGUGAGGCACCUUGAAGGGGAGACUCUGUCUGUACAGUGCUCCUACAAGAGCCGCAAAAACCGCGUGGAGGGCAAGGUUUGGUGCAAAAUCAGGAGGAAGAAGUGUGAGCCUGGGUUCACCCGUGUCUGGGCGCAGGGGCCACGCUACCUGCUGCAGGACGAUGUCCAGGCCAAGGUGGUCAACAUCACCAUGGCGGCCCUCAGGCGCCAGGACUCGGGCCGGUACUGGUGCAUGCGCAACAGCUCCGGGACCCUCUAUCCUCUGAUGGGCUUCCAGCUGGAAGUGUCUCCAGCACCCACAACCCAGAGAAACACUCCUCCUACACAGCUGGCCAACAUCCUCAAGAGUGGGAUUGUUGUCACAACAGGCCAAGCCCCCACGUCAGGCUCUUAUGCUCCUUUCAACACCAGUGUGACGACGUUCACACCUGGACUCCUCACCAUGGCCAGACUCCUGCCCUCCACUGCCUCAGAGACCAUCAGACUGACCUCCACGACAGACCACAGCUUCAUCAGCACCAGCCCCUCCACCACGGGGCCCCAGACAGUGACUGUGUCUCCGAGCAAUGCCAGAUCCUCCUCUGCUGGCCCAGCAUCCAUCUCCACCAAGGCUGGGCACCUGCGCACCAGAUCGGCCACCACAGGAAUGUGCCACACCAGAUCUCUCCUCAACAAAUUAUCCCCCAUCAGGCACCAGGAUCCUUAUCCCACUGUGCUCGUGGGAGUGCUGACCUUCCUCCCAGUGCCUGUGAUGCUGCUCCUAGCCUAUGGGUUCUGGAAGAAGAGACACAUGGGAAGUUACAGCGUGUGCAGGGAUGCUGCUAGACCCUGGAGGGACCCACCCGGAAGACCGGAUCCUCCGUGGAAGCCUGUUUGGUCUGGAGCCACUUAACUAUGGAUGGGGAUCUUCUCCCACAGGGGUCCCAGGAGGCCAGAGGAGGACUGCAGAGGGGGGCCUGUCUGGAUCGGAGACAGGACUUGUGGAGCACUGGACUCAGGCCUCCCCAGAACCAGAGGCUGCCCUUCACCCGCUCAGCUCCCUGGGCUGCCAGGAACCUGAGGAGGAGCCCAGAGCGAGGGCACUAGGCAGGAAGUCCUGGGAGAAGACAUGAGGGGACUCUGCUCAGAUCGCAGACCCCCCGGCCCCUGCUGGAUGGCAGAGAAGCCCUGUGGUGCUGUUACAGACAGAGAACCUCAGCUCCCAUCUGCCUCGGAACUCCCUACUGUAGAGCUGAGGGGAGCAGAGGGGGGGACAGUGCCUUCUCCCCACCUGGGACUCUCUGCCUCAGCUUCCUUCUGCUCCCCUCAAGCUUCCCCAUGCACUUGGGGAAGAAAGGGUCCCAGAGGCAGCCAAUGUCCCAAGGGCCCUGCCCUGGAGGAGAAGGAACAGUGAUUAAGAGCCAGGUGUCCACCAAUGUGUUGGCAGCAGGGGACCCCAGAGCUGUCCAAGACCCCCACCCCCUGGACCAUGCAUCCUCUGACGGGCCUCUGGAUGUCCCCUGCCCUGACGUGGCUGCAUGUCCCUCAAGUCCUGGGAGCCAGCAGAGCCCACACUCCCACUGCUGCCCCCUGCUGGCCGGCCCCUCCACGGAAAGCUGUGUGAGGCCCGGCUGCAGGACCAGCCUGUCCCCAGGCUGAACUCAGGGCUGUCUCCUCCAGUUGCUACACCCACGCUCCAGGUCUGAGCUCCUGGAGGGGACUGAGGACCCUCCAGAGUCAGUCCACUGGGAGAGAGGCCAUGGAUCAGAGAAAAGGUGGCUCCCCACCCCCCGGGGUUCAUUGUCCCCUGGGAAGAGAGGAGCCACUGUGACACAGCAAAGGCAACUCAGAGCUGACCACAGCCUGGAGGACAGCCCAGGCAGGGUGGGGACAGGGCAGAUGGAGCCAAGGAGACUCGGCCAGGGACCCAAAGGUCUGAGGAGUCCGCUCCUGCCUCACUGGCUUGUGGCUCAGACUCAGUCUCCUCUGCAGUGAAGGCUGGAGAAUAUGGGCUGGAUUCCUCGCCUGGAGCCACUGGAACAAGCACCUGGGGAUAGACGUGGCGUCUCCACUCUUGGCGCUGGGGCAGGGCCCUCCAAGGUGGGAGAGCAAACGUCAUAGUCAGGAGAGUGACACAGCUGGGGGCCUUGGUGGGCCUGGGGGGCUACUCCAAGAUGGAUGUGGGGAGAGAAGAAAGGGCAGGGGGUAAUCCUGGGGGAGAGCAGGGAGGAGUCACCCCUUCCCUAUGUCCAGGAAAGGGCACUAAAAGGGAUACUCAGAUUGAAGCCUGGCGCCAGGACACACACACACACACACAUACACAUACACACACAUACACACACAGUGACAUCUAUCCGUCCUCCCUAUCAGGAGGGUGUGGCCACCAACCUGGUGUAUGACUAGGAGGGGGCAUAACUCACCUGGCGGAAAAUAUCUCUCUGACAGCCCCCCUCCGUUGUGAUCCCACAACAGCACACUGACAGCCCUACGUCUUCUGAGAGCAGGGUGUCGGGUGGGAGGGAGCUACAGAGGGCUCAGGACUGGGACCAGUGAUGCCACCUGUCACUGUGACCUUGCGCAAGUCACCAACUCUCUCUGGCCUAAUUUUUCCUCUCUUGUGAAAAGGGAAACUGAUUCCUCCCUCUCAAGACUGUUUGCAGAAUAAAACGAAAUAACAUGAACCUUA